AUGACUGCCGGCGAAGUGGGGGAGUUACUCCAGCGCUGGGGCCCAACCUUCGAUGUGGCAGUCAUAGGCCGGACGACCUUGUCCUCCAUUCCCAGACUUCCAGGCUUGAGUGCAGAGGAGCUGCUCACACAGCUCAGUCGACUCGCGCGCUUCAUCAUGAAUGUGGUCUCCAGCACCAACAAUCACGUGAAGUUUCAACGCAGGUACCAGGCCUUGCGUCGCGCCUGGGCGGAGACCACACGACCAGAGGUGAAGCUGUGGCUUGAGCAGAAGAUUGGCUUGGCAACCUUUGACAGAUCGUGCCAGAGUUUCCAAGGGAAUGCCUUUUCGUAUGCUUGUGCGUUAGAGUGGCCGAUCUAUGCCGAUCUCCAAAACCACUGUCUAUGA